CGGGCCACGCGCGUUGGAAGAACGUACAUCGCCGAGACGACACGCCAUAACCGUGUUCUAGCCCUAUAGCGGAACAGAGGACAGGAUCGCCUCCUGUCACCAACGUCCCGACCAUGGAUCGACAAGGUCCAGGAGACCCGCCUUCCAGACGACGUCCGCCGGACGCUGACGGCCGUGACCAACAAGGUGGAGAGGCUCCAGCCGCUAGCUCAGCCCCGGCGUCUCGCGCAAUGUCGUCCCCAGUGCAGCUACAGAAGAAAUCCGCUGGCAAAGACCAGAAAGCAGCGUCACCGAGACCAGCUUCAUCCACGCCCGCCGACUCCACACCGCUCCGUACCACCGCUUCUCCAAACGCUUCGUCGGUGUCUCCGGUACAUCGUCAACUGCAACGACAGCGCGAGCGGGCAAGCCAAGUCGUCGAGAAGGCAAGCCCAUCGGAACACAAAUCGCCGGAGUGCUUCGCCUUUGAUCCCAGUUUUGGCUGGGUCCGGCUGGAGGACUCGAAGGACUCGUCGUGCGUCGAUGCUCUGAGAGUCUCUGGAAGCGGCGACGAGGCCACGUCGAAGACGCUACUCCUGGACGGCUCGUUCAGGGCAAGCGCGGAACCAGCCGAGCCGCCCGGAAAGCGACCGCGGGGAGAACCGGCGCGGAAGGGAUCGUCUGCCUUGCCAUCGAAGACCAGAGAAGGCAAGCCGGGAGAACCACGAGCCACGUCCAGCAGCGACGGCGGCGAGCAGCUCGGCGCGUCGUGUACGCUGAAGUCGGACGACGAGCGCCCCGAGACGCAUCUGCUCCACAACGUCUCAUCCAGAGUGGGCACGCUUCUCGGCAGGAUCUUCGGAAGGUCGCCGUCCGGGCGGGCAGCGCAGCCGGAAGCAGUCGGCCCCGAAGUCGGCGCCAGGACGGGAGAGGCGUCCCGGAAGCGAAAGCCGCACAGCUACGCAUCGAGGCAGACGGGAGAUACCGAAGUCGUCACUGAAGUUCGACCACGAACUAAAGAAAGCCUACUUCAACCAGUCGCGCACAGUUACACCAAAACUAUGAGCACUCGGGACGUGGCCGCAGAAUCCGUCGGUGCGUGCGAGGAGCGGCUAAGUAAGUCUCAAGAAGGUGUUACAGAAGGCGUGGCUGCGGACGAAGAGAAAAGGGACCGCGAAGCUAUGCUCGAGAUACCCGCGACUGAAUCCUCGUUGACCGGUGUGCCGUUUCCAGACGGUCACGGAGACGUUCAAGUGAAACGCACUCGACUGCCCACAGGCAUCGUUCGCGGCAGCGCAGCUGCGAGUCCGCACCGUUACACGGUCGCAGUAAUGACCGCCGCUGGCGAGAGUCCCAAGAGGCGCGGACACAGCGAGAACUCCAAGGCAAGAAAGCAUCGAAAGGGCCGUCAGCCCGGCGACGGCGACGCAAAGGCGCGCAAGUCCAGGUCCUCCAGCAGCGGCAGGGGCAAGAAACACGGCCGUAAGCAAGGUCGACGGCGAGACAAGGAAUCCAGUGCGCGUUCGUCCAGGGAAAGGAAAAAGAGUAAGCACGACGACAAAACGGAGGAUGCUGCCGAUGUUCUCGAGACGCAAACUGGGAAGGGCUCGACGUACGACGUCAGCGACAAGCUGGCAUCGCGCGAGUUCAGCUUCGAGAUCGCCUUGCAGCCGUUCACGCGCGGUGCGCUGCCUCGCCCCGAGCUGACGCGACCCAGCGAGCAGCGGUUGGGCUCGAUGCGUGAGUCGCCAGUGAGUCCAAUGUCUCCUCACAGCGUGGAACCAGGCUCUCCCGUGUCGCCCGAGAGGAAGGCGUCUCCCCCCCACGAGGACGACCUAGGACCUCUCAUCAAGCACGAGGCGAGAGAGGACCACAAGGCUCGUUCCAGAAGGGGCCGUGGCAAGAAGCCCUCCGCGAAAGACGACUUGUCGCCGCCGGUAGAGACCUCCGCGUCUCCGAGUCCAGCGGACGAGACGAAGAAGCCGCGCAAGACCAGGUCGGACCGGAAGUCGAGGUCGGAGCGGAGGCACCGGUCAAAGUCGAAACACGGCUCGAAGCGCGCGCAUAGCGGGAAAGCCAAGCCAUCUCGCGGCGGAGAACCGCACGAAAAGGAGGUAUCGUCGCCGCCAAAAGAGGUCGGCGCUUCGAGUCCAGCGCCGGAGUCAAAUUCGCGCGAGGAGACGUCACACCGGAAGUCAAGGUCGAAGCGGAGUCACAAGUCCAAAUCCAAGUCGAAGCACGGCUCGAAGCACAGCUCGAAGCAUGGAAGGAAAGGAAGAUCUCACAGCAGCCCCGAAUCGGGUGAGAGAAGCUCCAGGGAACAUAGAAAGAGUCACGGGACUCACGGGCGCAAGAAGUACUCGCCAAAGGGUGCUCCUGGGCGCAGUGGUACCGGACCUUAUGUGUUCCAGUGGGGCACCGCCGACAUUCCAGGCGUCGCGGGCGUGGAGCUGAAGUGGAGCACGAGGCAUAUCCACCUGGACUCGGGCGGUCUGCUUUCGCCGGGCGGAGACUACGAAGCGGAUAAACACGCGCCCGACUGGAUACCGUUUACUCACGCGCGUAAGCCAUCGCAAGCCACCGGGACAGACAAGAAGCACUCGGAGGUUGUCUCGUCGAAUACACCCAGCCCAACUGAAACGGCCUCUGACCUUUCGGGCUCCGGCAAGCACGGGGACCGCGGAGAAGGGAGUCGCCGAUCACCGAGGCGCAAACGCGGUGAACGCGGGCCUUCCUCCUCGGGAAGGCGACGAGGCAAGAGCAAGGACGGCCACCGCGGGAGGGGAAAAAGCGGGGAUCGAAGGAGCCGCCGGAAGCAUCGGCCACACCACGGGAAACGCAAAGGUCGUAAGCACCGAAGCAAACGAGAGCGCGGAAAAGGUCCUGCAAGCCCUCAGAGCCCGGCAAGCCCUCUUGGAGCGACCAGUCCCGCGAGCCCGUCGGGUGCGGCGAGUCCUCCGAGCGUGUCGAGCCCUCCGAUGGAAACGCCAUCGCCUUCCCCGGAGCCCACGCCGGACGCGAAGGGGGAGAAGGAUUCGCCACGCGCACAGUCUCGAUCCAGGAGGAAGGGAAAGGAGAGAGAGAAAGGAUCGUCGAAGCGUAGCCUUAGUUCCCGGAGAUCGAAGAAAAAGAGCAUGUCCAAGAGUCGAAAGUCCAGGAGCCCCAAAUCCGAGAGGGAUUCCCGAAGCCCCAAAUUGGGCUCCGAUGCUUCGAGUGAAUCGCGGAAGUCCCGAAAAAGGAAGAAAUCGAGAGGCAGCGGAAAAGGCAAGCGAUCCCGCGGCGGCCAGUCCAUAGGCAGGUCGGAAAAGGCGCGCGAGAGCCCCGACCAGAAAUCGCCUGACAGCACGCCAAGUCCCGAGAAACGAUCGGGGUCGAGAGCGAGCAAGAGGUCCAGAAGCAAGCGCAGCAAGAGCAGAAAAGGGCGCGGGAAAAAGCGACGGAAAGGCAAGUCUGGAAGCGUGAGCAGCAGGAAGUCCAGAAGGUCGGCAAAGAGCCCCGACAUUAGCGGAAGCCCCGACGUAAAGGAUGCUGCGAAAAUUCAGAAAGGAAGUCGGGAGAUCGUAAGUCCCGAGCAGCGAUCAGAGACGAGGGCGUCGAAGAGGUCCAAAAGCAGCAGGCGCAGCGGGAGGCGCUCUAGAAGCAAGCACAAGAGUAAGUCCAGGAGCCGAGGCGGGAAGAAAUCCGGAAGCCGAAGCAGCAGAAAAUCCAAAAGCAGUCGACGUUCGAGGCGCAAACGCGGCAGGCAUUCCAGAAGCAGCAGGCGCCCGAAGCGACACAGGGGCAAACGAAGCGACAAGAGAUCCGGAAGUAGGAAAAAAAGCAGGUCGUCCAGGAGCCGGUCGAGGUCUCGAAGUUCCCACGGAAAGAAGAAGCGACGGAGCCGACGCGGGAAGAGCGGCAGAAGGCACAGGAUAUCAAGAAAGAAGUCUCGUUCCACUAGGGCCUCUAGAGCUAGAAGGCUGCACGACGGCAAGAAAUCGACCGAACAAGUAGGCUACGCCGGUGAGCGCAUAUCGAUCACCUACUCGCUCCUGAUUGCAGCCGUCAUUGCCACCCUAGUGCUGCUCACCUGCGUGCUCGCCUUAUACUACAUCGUCGUCUGCAGGGGGAAACCUGGGGCCUCGACUAUUAUCAGCCAGUCCACCACAUCUAAGGUUAAGCGCCGAACGACGCGGUCUCCCCGCCCUUCGACCGAGUCGCUGGAACCCUACUACUGCACUACAGACUACUGCAGGCUAGAGGCCGAAUACAUAAAAGCUCUUCGCAGCACCACCUCGAGUCCAUGCGACGACUUUUACGACCACGUCUGCGCCGCUUGGGUGUCCCAACACCCGGCGCUCUCGACGUCCACGGGAUCUCUGAUCUCCCAGGACACCCUGCUUCAAGUGGCGCUGACGCGCCGCGUGCUGGACCAGCUAAAGAGCGCCAAGAGUCCAGCGGACGUCGGGGUGGCGGCUGGCCUCCACAGCGACUGCGUGGACCGGAUCGUGAGCAUUCCCCCGGCUGCGGAAAGCCUGAGGAGUCUGUUCGCCAAGUGGUCGAUCGCGUCCUGGCCCCGCGGCGACUCGGUGCAGGGCGGCGAGGUGGCGGUGUGGCGCUUCGCAGCCGAACUCGCGCGCGACCUCGGCCUGGCGACGAUCGCGCGAGUCGGCGUCAGCGUCAAUCCGGACGACCUGGACGAGACCGUGGUGGAGCUCGACGUGCCUCGGUUUCUCCUGGCCGACGCAGGCCAAGCGGCGGGCAACCCGGCCGUGCUCUUCAAGCAAGCCGUCGGGGAGGUCGUGCGCGAGCUGAAAGCGUCGGUGCCCGGCGACUUCGGCGAUCGACUGUUCGCGGUGCGAUCCGGUUUCGCCGCUCUCAAGCGCUCGCGCUACGACGACGAAGACGCCCGCGUCGUCCGUUUCCGCAACCUGAGCGAGGGGCUGCGCGAGUUCGUGACCGUCCUGCUCGCCAACGUGCCUACGCCAGUCAGAGGCGAGACGAGCGUGGUCCUCCGGUCGGCGCCGUACUUCCUCCGGGACGUUGGCUCCGUCCUGCGAUCCGCUCCGCCCGCGAACACGCUCAACUACUUCGGUUUCCUCGUGAUCGUUCACGCCGCGCCGUUCCUGUCUCACGACAUGCGAAGCUUGCGGAACCUCUUCACGGACAGCGUCCUGGGCCGCACAGUCGGCAACGCCGUAACGGACACGCCUCUCCUUUGCGCCUGGCUCGUCGAUCAGGCGCUGCCGGACUGCGUCGCCAAGGCCGCCAGCCUGUGGCUCCACUCGGCAGGCCGCGACGUGGUCACGCGAGAGUGGCUGUCCCAGCUGGAAGCGGUGUUCCUGCGGCACGUGACCGACCUGCCCUGGAUCAGUGAGCUGUCGGCGCUCCUGGUGCGCUACAGGCUCAAGAGGCAGGCCACAACGCAGGUCGGUCCGGCUCCCUCGAAGCGGCUGGACUGCGCUCGCGGCGUAAGUCUCGUCGGACCCAAUCCGCUCCUGGUUUUCUGGAACGUCUCCAAGCAGAGGCAAGACAAGGUGCUCCGCGGCCUACUGAUGCGCGGCGACCAACUCAGGGCCCGCGCCUGGGCCGGCCGCUCCGAGCUGUCCGCCGAGGCGUCGUUCCGGCGCGACCUGCAGCUGGUGCACGUUCCGGCGGCGCUGUUCAACGACUCGGUGCCGCCCACGAGUUCGGUCUUCGUCUUCCACCUGGCCCGCGUCGCGGUGCGCUUCUACCGGGCCCUGGCGCAGUUCCUGCACGAGAACCCGUACGAGCGAGACGCCCCGCUCAGCAUCGCCAACGACUACGACUACGACUACGACUACCGGCUGGCCGAGGCGCUCGAGUGCUUGAAGAAGCACGGCUACGCCGGCGAUCCGCGAGGCGCUCAGCGCUCGGCGCGCGCCCUCCUGGAUCGCAUGACCGCGCUCAUCCUGGCGGUCACCGCCUUCGACCAGCUGCUGCCCAUCCGCCGGAUCUGGAGGCUGGACCUGCGGUUCAAGGACCUCCCGGACGUGACGGCGCAGCAGCUGUUCUUCAUCUACUUCGCGCUGGACAACUGCGAGUCCGCGGACCCGGCGUACCACAGCGGCGGGCUGUCGGCGAAGCAGAGGGUGAACGUGCCCCUGAAGCACCUGGGCCGGUUCGCCGCGGCGUUCCAGUGCCAGCGCGGCGCUCCUAUGGCGGCGACGGACUGCAUGCUCGAUCAGGGACGCCGGCGGCGCCUCGUCGCGCAAGCGGCGUGGAACGGUCGCGAGGGCGUCGCCAUGGAAACGCCCGCGCCGCCGUAGUCCGCGGACGGAGAGUCCGUCGCCACGCCCGACCUUAUAACCUGCGCCGGAUAGUCCGCGCGCAAGUGGGCAUGCAGGAGACCCCAGGGCAGGGAACGCUCCGACAGCGUGCCUAUACUUUGUAUUCGGUAGCCCGGUGUGGAUGCAAGGGCGCAUGCAUGCGUCCACGGUGCGGCCUUUUAUGGUCGCGUUUGUAAGAGUCUCCUUUCGCAUUCGCUCGUUAGCGUUUAGUGCGAUUCGGUGAAUUACGAAUCGCUGGGAUAAGUAUAUAAAACAGCCCGAUUCCUCGGUUCGUUUUGUUGCAGCAAGUUUUCUUUUGCGAUAUAUGAACGUGCCGAGUAGUAAUUUGAUGAAGAUUUUUUUUAUAUACGGCGUAGGAGAUGCGCCAACGUAUAUUUGUGAUGUAAUAUGGAAUAUUGUUGCUGUCGUCUGCAGCAGCUCUUUAGGAAUUAUUGCCGCGUCAUACUUGUGGUGAUAAACAUGUCUUCGGCAUCAGUAUAUCGGGGAUAAAUGACACGUCCGCGAUGUGGAUAUGCAAGCAGGAAACAAGAUGUCUCGCCUAGAAGAACAGCGAUACAGUAGCUCUGUAGACUAUUAGCUUUGUUCUAACCGAAAUCUUUCUCGAAAUUCAUUUUUCGUAUAGGCCAAUUAUCCUAGAAUUUACUACGCGACGUUGACUUGUCAGCAUGUAUGUUUGAUGUAGGGAACCACUGCUAGCUGUCGCCAUAGAAGGUCCUUGACAGUGUUCAUCGUGUUUUAACAAUGACGAUAAAUGAUUCAUCAUCGAUAUCAACAUGAAAAACGAAAAUAUUACCGUAUAUUGUCUCGUAAUACAGCGUUAAUAGCUCGGGAGGUAACACUUCAUUGCUAUCGUUGAAAGUCAUGUCCAGUAAAUUAAAGUUUAAUGAAAAAUUAAACGACAAGGUAGCAGCAACAUAACUGUACAACACACAAUACGCGAUAUACGCAACAGGAGAAAUAGAAUAUACUACAGAAUUAUGAAGAUAAUGAAUAUGGAACAUUGUCUUAUUCUCCAUCGUUCCUUUUCACUUCGCCUUCCAGGAUUCACGCCUAUAAUUCUUGCAGAACUUUUAGCUGUCAUUACCACCUGUGAAUUAAAUUGAUCUCAGCAGG